UAAAAAGGGAAAGCCAACAACCAAUAUGAGCAAUUCUAUUCCGUUAAUCCAACACUCAGAAAAGAAAACCCGCUCUCUCUCUCUUCUCCUAGAUGCAGAAGUAAUUUGACUUCCCUCUUUUUCCAGGCAACAUCGCUUUUCACCCUCCUCCUAUCUCCAUAUAUAAACCACACACCCCCACGCCACUCUUCACUCAUCCAAUACCUGUAACACUUUUUCUCCGUCGUUUCAGACUUAGUCUACUAAAACAUGUACGUCAAUGAGGAUCAAAGUUCGAGCUCAUGUCCGAAGCCCAUCAAGAUCCGGCAGGUGUGGGCCCAUAAUUUAGAAUCCGAAUUCGAAUUGUUACGCGCCGUCAUCGACGACUACACUUACAUCUCCAUGGACACGGAGUUUCCGGGCCUCAUAUUCCGGCAGCCGUACAGCCACGAUUUACAACCUUCCGAUCACUACAAGACUCUCAAAUCCAACGUCGACGCCCUCAACCUCAUCCAGGUUGGCCUCACCUUGUCCGACGCCCACGGCAACCUCCCCGACCUCGGCUCAUCCUCCACGAGCUUCAUAUGGGAGUUCAACUUCAGCGACUUCGACGUCACUCGAGACCCCCACGCUCCCGACUCCAUCGCCCUCCUCCGCAGCCAGGGCAUCGACUUCGACCGCAACCGGUCAGAGGGGAUCGAUUCGGCCCGGUUCGCUGCGCUGCUGAUGUCAUCGGGGCUCGUCCUGAACGAGUCUGUGAGCUGGGUCACGUUCCAUAGCGCGUACGACUUCGGGUACCUAGUCAAGAUUUUGACCGGCCAGCAAUUGCCAAGUGGCUUGAAAGACUUGGAGGAGUUUUUGAAAAUUGUGCGGGUCUUUUUCGGAAACAGAGUUUACGACGUGAAGCACAUGAUCCGCUUCUGUGAUGGCUUGUACGGAGGGUUGGAGCAAGUUGCGAAACGUUUGGAGGUGAACCGGGCGGUCGGGAAGUCCCACCAGGCCGGUUCAGAUAGCUUGCUCACGUUGCAUACGUUUCAGCAGAUUAAGAAAAAGUGUUUUGUUAAUUAUGAUGAGGUGGAGAAGCACGCGGGAAAGUUGUUCGGAUUGGCCGUGGUUUAAUUUUUUAUAUUUAGGGUGUAGAUAAAUUUUUUAUUAUUUAUAUUAGACAAUUUGGUAAAUAAUAGUACAAUUCUUUUCUAAUGCAAGCCUUGCGUUAGAUUGAUUAUUGUGGCACGCGCCAUUAUUAUUAUUAUUUUUAAAUAUGGAAUGCGGAUUGGAACU